GGCCGUGAGGAGCCGGGGCGGGAGGGCCUCGAGGACCCAGGCUCGGCGGAGAGGGGCGGGCAGGCAGCCAUGAGGGGCCCGGGCGGGGGACGGGACGGUGCUCAGCGGGACGGGCAGGCGGUCGUGAGGGGCCCGGGUGGCGGAGCGGGGCGGGCAGGCGGCCGAGAGGGGCCCGGGCGGGGGACGGGACGGGGCGGGUCGCUGCUAUCCCCGUCGCCGUCUCCUGUCAGCGCCGUGCCCGAAGCGAGGCCGGAGGAGCCGCCGGGGAGCCGCGCCGCCGCGCCGGGGCUGCUGGAGUGCCGCCGCUGCCAGUACCUGCGCACGGACAGGGCUUGCUGCCAGAUGGUGGGAGCGCUGCUCGCCGUGCUGAUCCUGGUCUGCAGCUCCGUGUCCAGCGGCCCGGCGGGAGGCUACACGGGCCUUCCCGGCCUGGGGAGCGUCUACUACUACCAGUACGGCGGGGCUUACAGCGGCUUCAGUGGAGCAGACGGGGAAAAAGCCCAGCAGCUUGACCAGCGUUUCUAUCUACUAAAGCUGCCAAUUGCGAGGGCAGCAAUGGCUGUGGGAGGGUGUCUGGUGGUCUUCUCUUUCGUUCUUAUUUUGCUAGGUGUUCUACAGUUACCAUGGCAUUUCCCAGCAUGGCUGCUACUUGAAUGCGUCCUGAACACAGUGAUUGCAAUUGGCAUAGUGCCUGCUCUGUACUGUUUCUUUCAUUUUCUGCUCGGGGUUUAUAGUUCAUCAGUGUGCAGAGAGAGAGAGCAGCUUUAUCAAAGUAAAGGCUAUCAGGGAUUUAGGUGCAGCCUGCAUGGGGCAGAGAUUGCUGCUGGCCUCUUGGGCUGCAUAGCUGUCAUGGCAUACCUACUUAAUGCAGGCCUAGCAGUCAGGGGGUACAGAACCGUUCGUGAACUGAAAGAGAAGCCAGUACAAUUAUACGAGCUUUAGAAUGAUUCCUCCACUCCAGUAAUAGUCAUUAUUUUUGCCAGUGUCCUUACUGAGACAAAGCAGUAUGCUUUUCUUUGCUUCUGGGCCGUGCAUCCGUAAUGCAGUAGAACACACACCGAGAGAGUAUACGGUGGAGUCGAGCUGUUCCUAACUUGAAUUUGCAUUAUUGAAUUAUUAGUGGACACACAGUCUCAUGGCUCGUCUUCAGGUGGUGGCUGUCUCUUAGUAGGGCAUGACUGUAGUCAUGUGGUUGGCUAGCAAGCUGCCUGCUCCACAAGUAGCCUUUCCUUCCGUUCUGUCAGGUGUCUUACUCCCCUCCAGCGAGGUUUUGCUACAAGUGCUGCUACUACACACUUCUGCUUAACAGCUUUCUGUUGCUGAAACUCUUUAUAAAGGGCUCGUGACUUCACUGAGAACAGAGCUCAAAGCGAUCAAGGCCUGUGGCUAUGGCAGCUAGUUACUGCUUCUUGUAGGUCUCUUGGAACUAAGAGGGCAUUUUGAACGUCGCGUUUAUAAAUCCAUCAGAGAAUCCUGAAAUAAACUUGCAAGAUGAUAAGUACACUCAA